AUGAAUCAUUUUCUUAAUUUCUUUCUUUCUUUUCAUUCUCUUAAAUGCUCGUUACUUUUAAUAAUAAUUAAUCUUGCACAUCCUUCAUAUUUUCUUUAUCAGUUUUUAACCUUCAAUUCUUCUUCUUCUUUCUUUUUCUUCUUCUUCUUUCUUUUUCUUCUUCUUUUUCUUCUUCUUCUUCUUCUUCUUCUUCUUCUUCUUCUUCUUCUAUGUUUCUCUCUCUUUCUUAUAAACGCCUCUCUGUUGCCUUUUCUCUUAGUCAAGUCUCUAAAAGUAUCAUCCUCGUGUUGCAUUUCUUUUAAAUUAUCUGAUCAACAUUCUUUUUCUCUCUUUCUUUCUCUCUCAGAUAUUAACCACCUUUUCUUUCCAUCUUCUAUAAAUGUUUGCAAUUUACCGUCACCUCUUUUUUUUUCCCUUUUCUUGAAAGUUCUUCCCUCAGCACCAAAAUCUUUCUUCCCCUACACAUCUUUCACUAACUUCCAUACCUCUCUUUUCUUUCUUCUUCCAUCCACUCUCUUUCUUUCUUUCUUUCUUUCUUUCUUUUGUUCUUUCUUUCUUUCUUUCUUUUGUUCUUUCUUUCUCCAUUCUCGCUUUUUCAGUUUUCCUUUAUUUCGUUCUUUACCUUCUCUCUUUUUUCUUUCUUUUUUUCUUUUCCCAUUCUUUUUUUAUUUCUUUUUUCUUUAUUUCUUUCUUUCUUUUUCUUUACCCUCUCUCUCUUUUAUUUCCUUCUUUAUUACUUUUCACUCUUCCUUUCUUUCUAUUUUUCCCACGUUCUUUCUUUCUUUCUUUCUUUCUUUCUUUCUUUCUUUCUUUCUUUCUUUCUUUCUUUUCACUCUUCCUUUAUUUCUCCCUCUCUCUUUUUCUUCCUUUCAUCAUUUUUUCUUACUUUCUUUUUCCUUUCUCUCUUUUCGUUCUUACAUUUUUCCUUCUCCUUCUUUCUUUCUUUCUUUCUUUCUUUCUUUCUUUCUUUCUUUCUUUUCACUCUUCCUUUAUUUCUCCCUCUCUCUUUUUCUUCCUUUUCAUCAUUUUUUCUUACUUUUUUUUCCUUUCUCUCUUUUCGUUCUUGCAUUUUUCCUUCUCCUUCUUUCUUUCUUUCUUUCUUUCUUUCUUUCUUUCUUUCUUUCUUUCUUUCUUUACCUUCAUUCUUUCUCUUUCUUUAUUUUCCCCUUCUCAGUUUUCUUUAUGUAUUUAUUUAUUUAUCACUCUCUCGUUUUAUUUAUUUAUUUUCCCUUCUCUCUUUUUCUUUCUUUCGUUUUUGCUUCCCUCUUUUUCUUUCUUUCUUUAUUUCUUUCUAUACCUUCAUUCUUUCUCUUUCUUUCUUUUCCCCUUCUCAAUUUUCUUUCUGUAUUUACUUAUUUAUUUAUUUAUCACUCUCUCGUUUUAUUUAUUCAUUUUCCCUUCUUUCUUUUUCUUUCCUUCGUUUUCGCUUCUCUCUUUUUCUUUCUUUCUUUCUUUCUUUCUUUCUUUCUUUGUGUUUCUCAGUCUCAGUAUACUAGUUCAAUGAGCUUGAUCUAA